CCGAUUAAAAACAAAACUGACUGCAGAGUCGCAGUAGAAAACGAAGCAGAAAAUGGGAGUAGCUCGCUUCUCUCUUUUCAAGAUCGCCUCCUCCCAUUUACAUCGCAUGCACCAUCCCUCCGCCCUCCGCCAGAUGAGUUUUGCUUCCGGCCUUCAAAAUUCCACCAUAUUCCGGAGCCAGGGUCUCAUAGGAGGCCAGUGGGUGGCUGCCCAUGAUGGAAUUUGGAAUUUCUUCAGGUUCAAUCCUUCAACGGGGGAAAUCAUUGCCGAUGUUCCCUUCAUGGGCAGACGGGAGACGAAUGAUGCCAUUUCUUCGGCAUAUCAAGCUUUUAACUCAUGGAGUAAACUCACUGCUGCUGAAAGGAGCAAAUAUCUUAGAAAAUGGUACGAUCUUAUAAUGUCCCACAAGGAAGAGCUUGGUCAACUAAUAACAUUAGAGCAAGGAAAACCUUUAAAAGAAGCCCUGGGUGAGGUUAGUUAUGGAGCCAGUUUUAUUGAAUUCUUCGCCGAGGAGGCCAAACAGGUCUAUGGAGAUAUAAUUCCGGCUACUCUAGCUGAUCGUCGCUUAUUUGUUUUAAAGCAGCCUGUAGGUGUUGUUGGUGCAAUUACACCCUGGAACUUUCCCUUGGCAAUGAUCACUAGGAAGGUUGGCCCUGCCCUCGCUUGUGGCUGUACAGUGGUGGUAAAACCUUCUGAACUUACUCCCCUCACAGCUUUAGCAGCAGCUGAACUUGCCCUUCAAGCAGGAAUUCCACCGGGUGUUCUGAAUGUGGUUAUGGGGAAUGCUUCUGAUAUUGGUGAUGCUUUACUUGCAAGUCCUCAGGUAAGAAAGAUCACAUUUACUGGCUCAACAGCGGUUGGGAAAAAGCUGAUGGCAGGUGCUGCUGGGACUGUUAAAAGGAUAUCGCUUGAACUUGGUGGUAAUGCCCCAUGCAUUGUCUUUGAUGAUGCUGACCUGGAUGUGGCAGUUAAAGGAGCUAUUGCAGCAAAAUUUCGUAACAGCGGACAGACUUGUGUUUGUGCAAACAGAGUAAUUGUGCAAGAAGGUAUUUAUGAGAAGUUUGCUGAGGCUUUUUCAAAAGCUGUCCAGAAUCUGCAAGUUGGAGACGGCUUCACUGAAGGUGUAGCUCAGGGUCCACUAAUUAAUGAAGCUGCAGUACAAAAGGUUGAAUCUUUCCUUCAAGAUGCUCUAUCAAAGGGAGCAAAAGUCAUUCUUGGGGGUAAAAGACAUAGCCUUGGAAUGACUUUCUAUGAGCCCACAGUUGUUACUGAUGUCAAGAGUGACAUGCUAUUAGCAAGGGAGGAAGUGUUUGGACCCGUGGCCCCUCUUUUGCGGUUCAAAACUGAGGAAGAAGCUAUCUGCAUCGCAAACGACACCAAUGCAGGGUUAGCUGCUUACAUAUUUACAAACAAUGUUCAACGGACAUGGCGUGUCUCAGAAGCACUUGAAUAUGGACUUGUUGGUGUUAAUGAAGGAAUCAUUUCAACUGAGGUGGCACCAUUUGGUGGUGUCAAACAGUCUGGUCUCGGGCGAGAAGGUUCCAAGUAUGGGAUAGAUGAAUAUCUUGAACUAAAAUACGUGUGCUUGGGAGAUAUGAACAGAAAAUGAAGUGCAAGAAUUUAGGAAACCUUUGAUGCCGUUGUUGACUAAUUAAUAGUUGAGAAGGCAACUUGUUGGAGGGUGGUGCACUAAACUGCAGUCUUUGAAGGUAAGUUAUGUUAAUGGGAGGGUGUGUAGUCUGAAAGCUUU